AUGCAGGAGCUGCCGGGAUUCAACCAGCGUGGCAAGGGCGUAGGCAAGAAUGAGCCUUUCUACCAGGUGUUGCGGGAGGUCUGCCGCCUCGUGAUCCAGGAUACACCCCCAUUUGUUGUAGCGUGCGUGACAGCGACGCAGAGUGCCCGCCAGUACUUAAAGCUGCCACGGGUGACGGCAGUCACCAGGCAGCAGGUGGCUGCCAUCCCCAAUCAGCCCCCGAAAGACCUCUUGACAAUGGACAUGGGCGGCCAUGGCAGGGCCCUGGAAUCCCUCGAGGAGUCCUUGAAGGGCAUGCCGAGCGCGAGCGCCAGCGCUCUUGUAGGCGCAGUCAUGCAGCGCUUGCGGGAAAAAUACCCCGGUGCUGUAAGCUUUGACGGCGCGAGCGUCAAGGAUUUGAUUGAUGUGCUGCGAGCAUGUCUUUCAGGCAAAGUGUUGAGUCGCGGCCAGACCCUUGGCAGUCUCAAUCCUGAGCAGAUGGAGUUGAUCCGAAUCGAGUAUCUUGACUCAUCCGCAGAAGAGUGCCGCAUCGGCAUUCCCUACAUUUGGCUGCAGCUGACGCUCUCGCAACAGAGGCUCACUUCAGACUUGAAGCCAUGGGCACUCAUGGACUACACGUACUUUGAGAGGUUAGAGGCCCAAGCCUGGCAAGCCUGGGAGCAGUUCAACGCCGAAUUCCGCGUGUUGCGCUCUUACAGCUUUGAAGACGGACAAGCAGUCAAAAUUGGCUUAUUACACAGAGGUGCCAUCAUCCGACCUGAUGGCUUCGCGCACCAAGAGGUCGUAAACCGGCGCCUGACCCUCGCAAAAGCAAAAACAAGCUGUCAUCCAAGUCCUCGUGUUGCGGCCAUCCCAAACCAAACAGCACAUCGAGCGACACCAACCCUGCCAAGGGCCUGA